GAGGCUCAGUAAAUGGUUCGGAACAAUAAGUCAUCUUGGAAGAAACAGCUACCUAACCCUGUACGGAUUAGAAAUCCAUCAAUGGUUCGUCUUUCAUGGCAAGCGCACCAGCCUUGCUCGCUACUUCUCUACUGGUUCUGGGUCCUCUGCCGUAAAGGAAAAUGGUGUUGAGAAAAGAAUUGGAGGCGCCAGAUUUUCUCAGUACAAGCAACCUGGGAAAGAGCCCGAGACCUUCAAGGUGUCACUAGGAGGAGUAAACGGAAGCUCCACUUGUAGAAGAAUGCUCAUCAACCGUGCCCCAAGUGCUGUUACUGGCCUCAAUGGUUCAUUGUCAUGUGGGCGAGUAGCUUCAGCAAGGUCUUUCUCAAGUAGUGCAGACCUGCCACCACAUCAAGAAAUUGGGAUGCCAUCACUGUCACCUACAAUGACUGAGGGAAACAUUGCCAAGUGGAUUAAGAAGGAAGGAGACAGAGUCUCACCUGGUGAAGUUCUGUGUGAGGUGGAAACGGAUAAAGCCACGGUAGAGAUGGAGUGCAUGGAAGAGGGCUAUCUUGCUAAGAUUGUUCAGGGUGAUGGUGCCAAAGAGAUUAAAGUUGGCGAGGUCAUCUGUGUGACCGUGGAAGAAGAAGGUGACAUCGAAAAGUUUAAAGAUUACAAACCGUCGGCUGCAGAUGCGCCUGCUGCUCCUUCAGAAUCAAAGGCUACACCAGAACCUGCAGCGCCAAAAGUGGAGGAGAAAGUACCUGCCAAGGCUCCUGAACCAAAGGCCCCAAAGGCCGGAAAAGCUUCUCGAUCUGGUGAUAGAAUAUUCGCCAGCCCCCUUGCAAGGAAAUUAGCAGAGGAUAACAAUGUUCAACUGUCAAGUGUAAAAGGCACUGGUCCUGAUGGCCGUAUUCUGAAGGCAGACAUUGAAGAUUACUUGGCCAAGGGUGGCAAGAGUGAGUCUUUCGCAGCUUCAGGAUUAGAUUACACUGAUAUUCCAAAUGCGCAGAUAAGAAAGGUUACUGCAAACCGCCUCCUAGCUUCUAAACAAACCAUCCCACAUUACUACUUGACAGUUGACACACGUGUCGACAAACUUAUCAAGUUACGAGGGGAACUGAACCCACUGCAGGAAGCAUCUGGUGGAAAGAAGAUAUCUAUUAACGACCUUGUUAUAAAGGUACUCACCGGUUCUUAUACGUACAUUGUUGCCUU